AUGGAGAACUACCAGAAACUCGAGAAGAUUGGCGAGGGCACCUAUGGCGUCGUCUACAAGGCCCGCGACCUUGCUAAUGGCGGCCGCAUUGUCGCCAUGAAGAAGAUCCGCCUCGAGGCCGAAGAUGAGGGCGUCCCGUCGACCGCUAUUCGUGAGAUUUCGCUCCUCAAGGAGAUGCGCGACCCCAACAUCGUUCGCCUGUUCAAUAUUGUGCACGCCGACGGCCACAAGCUGUACCUCGUCUUUGAGUUCCUCGACCUCGAUCUCAAGAAGUACAUGGAGUCGCUACCCGUGAGCGACGGCGGUCGUGGAAAGGCCCUGCCCGAGGGCACAGGGCCCGGACUGCACCGCCUAGGUCUCGGCGAUUCCAUCAUCAAGAAGUUCAUGAGCCAGCUUUGCGACGGUGUCCGCUACUGCCACAGCCACCGCAUCCUACACCGCGAUCUCAAGCCCCAGAAUCUGCUCAUUGACCGUGACGGCAAUUUGAAGUUGGCCGACUUCGGUCUUGCUCGUGCCUUUGGUGUUCCUCUGCGAACCUAUACCCACGAGGUCGUUACGCUCUGGUACCGCGCCCCAGAGAUUCUGCUCGGCGGUCGCCAGUACUCAACCGGUGUCGAUAUGUGGUCGGUGGGCUGCAUCUUUGCCGAGAUGUGCACGCGCAAGCCCCUGUUCCCUGGUGACUCGGAGAUUGACGAGAUCUUCAAGAUUUUCCGACUCCUCGGCACCCCCACUGAAGAAAUCUGGCCCGGCGUGACAUCGUACCCCGACUUCAAGGCGUCAUUCCCGAAGUGGCAGCGCGACCACGAGCAGCCGCUGUGCCAAAACCUCGACGACCAGGGCCUGGACCUUCUCGAUAUGAUGCUCGUGUACGACCCCGCCGGCCGCAUCUCAGCCAAGCAGGCUUGCAACCACCCCUAUUUUGAGGAUUUCCCACGACCGGAAUAUUCUGGCAGCGGUUACUACGACUAG